ACCAGAAACCCUAAUUUGUUCAAUGUCUGUUUUGCCCCUGUAAAUUAAUAUAAAACAUCGCGGUUAACUUUUUUUUACUUUUUGUCACAGCAAAAAAAUUCAGUUUACGAUUUAGGGUUGAUCUAAAAUGAGGAAGUGGUGAGUGUAGACUCUCUGCUUCUUUUUGGUUGAGAUUAUAUGGACACUUUGAGUGAUGAUUUGCUCAUCAAGAUACUCUCAUCUACUCCGACCAAACUCGCCGUGUCCACGAGCGUUUUGUCAAAACGAUGGUCGUCGCUUUGGACAAUGGUGCGAAGACUCACAUUCGAAGAUCAAUGGAUCCAUACUGUGGAUAUGAUUGAUUGCAUAGCGUUGCCGUCACAUGCCGUCUCAGGGACCUUGCUGUUACACAAGUCGCCAGUUAUAGAAACUUUCCACCUCACCAAAGCUUAUGGAUGCAGCGAUUCGGAGAUUUAUCUAUGGGUUAGAAUCGCAGUCGACCGUUUCGUGCGUGAUCUGAAGAUAAGCUAUACAGAUGAACACCGCUUUAUAAGGUUGCCGAGUAGUCUGUUUAGAUGCGAAACACUCGAGACCUUGGAACUCCAUAAGGUUGUUUUCUUGGAUGUUCCUUUUCGGGUUAGCUUACAGUCGCUUAGGACGUUGCGCCUUCGAGCUGUUAAGUAUGCUAACGAGGAAUCUUUCGUCAGGCUUAUAUCCGGUUCCCCUGUUCUUGAAAACCUGGUUGUUCACAGCUGUAGCUAUGACAAUGUGGAGACUUUCACCAUCGACGUGCCUUCCCUUCGGAGUUUGACUGUUUGGAACACAUCGGGCGAUCCCGAGCCUGGUUACAGUUUGUUGGUGAUACAUUCCCAUUCUUUGAACUUUUUGGAUGUUGUAGAUGAGUGGGGCGAAGUUAAUGUGAUGGGUGAAAUGUCGGAGCUUGUGGAGGCGAGUCUUAAUACUUUGGCAACCCGAGGGAAUGUUUUGGGAUCUCUUACAUUCGCCAAACGUCUUUCUCUAACCUUAGCCUUAAAAGGACUUGAUCCUGUUGGUAGCAUUUACUUUCAGCUUGUGCAUUUGGAGUUCCGCGGAUGCGAUGAAAGCUGGUCGAGUUUGCUCAUGCACGUGCUCCGACAUUCCCCUGUACUUCAAACUCUCAAGCUUGUUGUACUGGACAACUGGAAUUUUGAGCGAGGUGUCAAGGUUCGUUGGUACCGGCCGAGCUGUGUUCCCGAAUGUUUGUUGUUCCAUCUCAAAACCUUCGAGUGGGUAGACUACAAUGGAACAGACGAUGAGAAACGAGUGGCAGUUUAUGUGCUGAAGAACGCGAGGCGAUUAGAGACCGCAACUGUCUUCCCUGAGUCAUUCGUAGUGAACAAACGUCUGGUGUUUGAGGAAUUGGAAAUUGCAACGAGGGGUUCGAGAGCAUGUGAGCUCACAAUGGGUUAACAAAAAGAAAGUUAGUUUUAGCUAACUAUGUUUGUCACUGUCCAGCUUCUUAUUUCAUUUGCUCACCAAUUGAAAGAUUGAACAAUUACAAACAGUGCAAUGAAGUGUUGAUUUUAGUUA